AUGCCGCCGAAAGAUGCCGAUGCUCCGCAAACAGCUACAGUAAAACCUAACCCUCGAAAUAAUCCGACGAUGUUUAAGAUUUUUCAAAAUGUUCAAUAUAAUGUAGUGCAACACAAGAAAUAUGUGAAAGAAAUGAUCAAACUGUAUAAAAAAAUAGAUGAAGAUUCAUUCCGUGAAAGUUUUAAGAAUGCUUUACAUUACCUUUUUACGUUUGGUGAUACUUCUGCUAAUAUUGAUAGGGUGAUACAAUUUGUUGCUACAUUUUGUACUUCUCUAGAUGAUGAGGAAGAGUUUUUGAUGUUCAUCUGCAAUAUUAUUUUUGAGUGUCAAUGUGUAUCUGGCCAAUCUGUCAGGUACAGAGCGAGUCAGCUGCUGGCAGCUGUAUUGUCUGCAUUAGGUGAAGAUGCAUCCCUAGAUGAUGACCUCUGUGAUAAACUACUAGCAUCACAAAUGCAGCGCUUACAAGACACAAGGGGAGCAGUUCGUUGUCGCGCUGCAUUAGCAUUACAACGUCUACAAAAUCCAAUGGAACCAGAUGAUGAAGUAACUCGUGCUUACCGUUUUCAUAUGAGCUGUGAUCCAAGCUCUUCUGUAAGAAGAGCUGUUGUGAUGUCCAUAGCGAAAUGUACACGCAAUGUGCCAUAUGUUUUGGAGCGGCUGUGUGACGUAGAUGAGGCGGUGAGGCGAGCCGCGUUUCUCUACAUAGCUGGCGUGAAUGUCACCCAGUUGAGAGUUCGGCAGAGGGUACUAACUCUGAAGGUCGGUCUAACGGAGCGUAGCCAACGCGUCCGCCGCGUGGUAGAAGAGAUACUUAUACCAGGAUGGCUCAGCACCUUUCAAGGCAACAUAGUAGAUCUGCUUAAAGCUAUUCGUUUGGACAACGCGCAUGAUGCAAAAGAUUCACAAUAUGUUGCCGGUAAACUGUUGGAGUCACUUUUUAAGCGACUUCCAAUAUCUGAACUUCUGGAAUGGUUGCCGUCAGAAAAGAAUUUGAGACUUAUCCCUGCUGAAAAGCUGAACAAAGAGACUGCAUGGUACUGGCGCCAUCUAGCAGAACACUUACAGAAGAUAGAAGACGACGAAACUUUAGAAACUAUCCUUCCCGAUUUGGUGGUUUUAACUGGAUAUAUAAGAGCGAUUGUGGAAUCACCAUGUCCUUCCGAGUCUGAUGACCCAGUAGGUUAUAGUACCAGACAGUAUGUGUUACACGAGCUGGGUAGUAUGCUGAAAGUGUAUGAUGCGACUGACCCUACUGGCAGGACAUCACUGCAGACUCUUAUAACGGAUGUACUAACAGGUGAUUACGGUCCUUUGAACGGUGAUGUGAUUCGCGCAUUCGUUUCGGCGUUGGAGCUAGUCGUCCCCGAAGUAUCGCCUCGUAUGGAGGUGAUCAGUGGAGUGAUAUCAUCACUUCGCGAUCCACCAGAACAGGAGGCUCCCGCCCCGCCUCCGCCCGUCGAUAGUGCUGAUAUUAAGCUGAAGAGAGCCCGGUUGCGUGUAUCACUUAAUGUAGCCAUAGAAGCUCAAGAGGAAGCUGUUAGAGAUGAAAAUUAUUCUCUCGCUGCUGAAUGCAAAGCCAAGGUGGCAGAUAUUCAAAAGAAACUGGAAGAGUUAAAUGUCCAACCAGCACCGCCUCCCGCGCCAAUAUCUACUAUAAGAGAGAAAAUAUCCGACGCAGAAACUUUGAAUAAAUGUCUUACGAUAUUGAAUUGCGCUCUAGAUACUCCUCAACUGAAUACUAUAACGCCUAUGUUACAAAUGAUUUUUAACGAUCUUGAGGUGGAGAUAUUUCAAAAUCCCGAAAUCCUACAAAAUGCUCUAGAAACAGUAGCACUUUUUGGGAUGUUAGACAAGGAGUUCGCUAAAGAAAAUAAGGCUUUCUUCUUUGCAAAUUUAAUAGAUACAUCGAACGAGCCUAUAGUGACUACAGUGCUAAAGUCGAUCGUCGAUCUUCUAUGCGUGCACGGCGCACGUGUAUUUGAGGACGAAGCUACUGAUGCCACGCAGAGAGAUGAGUCAAAGGCUUCUAGAAAGAGGAGCACCUAUCAUUCCGUGGAUGCUAUCGAAGAAGAUGGAAGUAUCUCGGAAUCUGUUAUAUCGCUAUCGCCUGCCCAUAGCACUGUAAUAGAGCUGCUUUUGAAGAUUAUGGAUAGUACAUGCGCAACAUACCGGUUGAUUAUCGUAGAGGGUUUAUGCAGACUUCUGCAUCUUGGCCAUCUAGAGUCGCCAGCGAUACUCAGCCGCCUUCUAUUACUCUGGUUUAAUCCUGCUACUGUGGAGGAAGAUAUGCUAAGACAAACGAUCGGAGUGUUCUUCCAAACAUUCCCAGCUAACGUAGAAGGGGCACAAGAACAAAUACAGAAAGCGACUCUACCGACCCUACGUACAUUAGCAAACGCGCCUUCGAGUUCCCCGCUAGCUGAGAUAGAUCAAGAGGCUGUUGUGAGAUUUAUAGUUUCUCUAACAAGAGUCAAUCACGAGUUAACUGACAGUCAGGGUGCAAUGGCAAUGAGUCUAUGUAACUAUAUAGUACGUCGUCCGUCCUCUACUGAGGUGGGACUUGCUUGCCGCAUGCUAGCGUUAUUAUCACCUCCUCGCGACGGACAUCUAGCCAACGAAUUGGCGGUCAUGCUGCGAGAUUUAUGCCAAAAAUUACCCGAUAAACAGUCUUGCAGAAACCUUACACGCUACCUUGGGGCCUUAGAGGCUAUGGAACGUGUCAGUCUCAACAAAAUGUCUAAUACUGGAAUCACCGAGGGAACCAUUCAAAAUGAAGAUACACUAGCACAAACGACGAGUCGCGUAACUACAUCAUUGCCUCAACCAUUGGCACGAAGCACACACGUAGUCAUCAACGAGACAGUAGAAGAAGAAGUUGAAAUAGAUGAGACAUCACCAACGGAAGUUGUUAGCAGGAUAUCCGAAGAACCUGCAUCGACCCAAGGAACUAGUGGACAAUCCCAGCUACAAUCAUCAGAUGCCGACAAGUUAGCUCUGCAAGAACCUCAGUCGGACUCGAGCAGUGGUGUUUCUCCUGUCAAAAAAGCAAAAACAACUAAAACUAAGAAAAAGAAACUGUCUUUAAGUAAACAGUCAUCAGCAUCUGAGAAGAGUGCUAAAGCAGAAGGAAAUAGUAAGGCUAAAAGUCAGCAGAGCACACAAGAGAGUAAUGAUAAAGGAGGAAUCAAGAGGAGUCGUUCACAAAGGUCUUUGGUGGAUGUAGAAAGAGCCCAAAAAGCGAAAGCGGAAGCAGCAAAAGCUAAAAAGGACUCUUCACCUGAUGAAUCGCUGUCUUCGCCACCAUUCCACGAUUUGGACAGUUCUAAUGUGACAGUCAGGCGGUCCACUAGGGGUCCGCAGUCGGGAUCCGGCUCUGAAUCAAACGGAUCCGAUAAAAAGGGGAAAAAGGGAAAGCCGAAGAAGAAAGUUGAAGAGGUGGAAACAUCACAGAGGGUCACAAGAUCGUCGGUAGGAUCCAAUCGCAGCAGCGGGGGCUCACAGAACUCCAUGUUUGAUGAUUCCGCCGAAGAGACUCAGCUGCAUACAAUCGUCUACGAUAAAGAAAUCGAACAAUCUUUACUGAAUGACUCUAGUGAAUUAACAGACAGCAAGCAAACUUCUAAAGGCAACGUAACGAUUCCUGAAACGCCAGAUGCUAGCGACGAAUCUGAUUUGGAACCUGAACCUGUGAUCACAAAAAAGAAAAAUGGGCGGACAGCAAAAAAGAAGUAG